AUGUCAUCAAAACCAAUCGCUCUUGAUUCGGGUCUCCGGCAACUGGUAGACGAGGGAUUCCACGUUGAAGUACGUCAUCAGCAUCUACUGGUGCAUAGCGUGCCCUACGUGACGCCCUCGCGCGAGGUCAAGCGCGGUACGCUAGCUUGCCUUUAUGUAAAGAGCGGCGACCAUGUGCUGCCGCCCAAUGCACUCCACGGCGGGGAUACCCACCAAGUAUGGUGGCAGGGAGAGUACCCAAGCUUCGCUGAUGGCAAGCCCCUCGGAGCACUCGAAAAUGAGCACACUACCCAGGAAUUGUUUCCUGGAUUCACCAUCAACCACCGCUUUUCCAACAAGCCGCUGGGUGUUGAUCACUAUCAAGAUCACUACCAGAAGGUCAAGCACUACGUCACGCUGAUUCAGGCACAAGCCGGUGUGUUGGAGCCCUGGUCGAAGGCACAGAUUGGCGGUGUCAUCAAGUCCGAUGAAGAUAGUUCGGUAUUCCGGUACCCAGAUACGGCAUCGGCAAGGGCCGAAAUCAUCAUGACUGCAGCGCAGCUUGCAAUUGGCAAAGUCGCCAUCGUUGGUAUUGGCGGUACCGGCUCAUACGUUCUUGAUCAACUGGCGAAGACGCCCGUUCAGGAGAUCCACCUGUUCGAUGGGGAUGUGUUCGAGCAGCACAAUGCCUUCCGCUCGCCUGGUGCCGCGACAGAGGCUGAGAUCGAUGCACGCCUUCCAAAGACGGAAAUCUUCCGUCGCCGCUACGAUGCCAUGCACCGAAACGUGGUCAGCCACCCUUACUUCCUCAACCAAUCGAAUGUGGCAGAACUCGAUGGUCUGAGCUUUGUGUUCGUGUGUGUGGACAAGGCCGAAGCCCGGCAACUGGUUUUCGACUUUCUGAGGGCGAAGUGCAUCCCGUUUGUGGAUGUGGGCAUGAACCUCCAGCAGGUCAAGGGAACGCUGAAGCUCGUGGGCAGUUGUCGUGCCACCUUGGUAGCACCCGAGCGCGACGAUCACAUCGAUCGCUGCGUGCCGCUGGAUGAUGAGGAGGACGAUGCCAUAUACCGCCAGAACAUCCAAAUCGCGGAUAUGAACGCGCUGAACGCCCAACUGGCGGUAAUGCUGUGGAAGCAAUACUGCGGCUUCUAUCAAGCCGACUUUGAUACCCGCAAUGUGGUGUUCUCGGUCAACAUGAACUCGUUGGCUCGGACAACCGGAGGUGUGGAGGUGCCUGAUGAGGCUUGA